ACUAGCCUAUCUUGCUAAAACCGGAAGUGGUUCCCACGUGUGUUCUACAGAGCUGCCAUGGACUGUCUGCUGCUGCCCGAGGCUCAGGGGCUGGAUGGGGAGCUGGAGGUGUCUUUGCCACUCAAGAGGAAGAUAUCCCUGUGCAGCUGUGGGACCUGUGGAAGUGAAGAAGCGAAGUAUAAAUGCCCCCGCUGUAUGAAGUACUCUUGCAGCUUACCCUGUGUAAAGAAACACAAAGUGGAGUCUGCGUGCAACGGAGUCCGAGACAAGACGGCUUUUGUGCCCCUAAAUACAUUUGGUGACAUAGACCUGCUGAACGAUUAUCGUUUUCUGGAAGAUGCCGGAAGGGUGUCAGAUUGCGCUUUAAGAGAUUCAACGCUGCCACGAAACACGACUAAUAAACAUUUGAACUUCUUAAAGAAUAGAGCCCGGGACUAUGACAUCAAUCUGAAAAUUCUUCCAAUUGGAUUUUCAAAAAGAAGAGCAAAUACUACAUGUUAUAACAAAAGAGAGAAAAGAUUCUUUUGGCACCUGAAGCUUGUGUUUCCUCAUUGUAAAGCAGAAUACACAGAGAAGAGGGUCCCAGAUGACAGAACACUUGGUGAGAUUCUGAAACAUUACAUUGAUCCGACAGAGUCCGAUCCAACCAUACGACAAAGGUUAAAAGAGUAUGUGGGAUCUUCUUGUGAUGUGAAGGUCUUUAUGGAGGCAGAAAAGAAAGCGCCUGGUCCAAAGAGGUACGAUGAGCUGGACACCAGUAAAAAUCUCCGAGAAAAUUUCAAGAAGAAGACAAUAAUGGAGUUCCCAACUCUGUAUGUGACAUUGAAAGGCGAAGACAUGGGGGUGGUAGAUCAAGAAAAUAGACCCUCGCCAUCUGUUUUAUGAAGAAGGGGUGAACAUUUAGUCCAUCUCAAUGUGUAAAUAGGAGGAGGACUCUGUACAUGUGUAAAGGAAAUUUCGGUAUUAUUGUAACUGGUUUUUAUGUAUAUUUGAUAGGUUUAUAUUUUACUAUCAGGAUGCCAUUGCUGCAUUUCCCAUUUUUUGUAAAUCUUUUAUGCAUUGUAUAGACGUUGUGAUGUACUUGCAUUUUGUUUUAUCAUAAAGAACGUUGCAAAAAC